GCCCUUUAUAGGUGCUGCUGCUCCGCGAGAAGAUCGCUUCAUCUCCAAAUGCUGCUCAACGUAAACUGGACUUAACAUAACAUCCAGUCGUGUCUAUAUCGUCUACUUCUGUGUGCAUUGCGUGCCAUCGCGACGUAGCUCUACAUACCCACAAAAGUUACAGAUUCUCAUAAAUAAACUCCGCAAUGGCUUCUGCAUCACAGUCGCCACCAAAAGUUCUCCUUUUCGACAUUGGAGGUGUUUGUGUUGUCUCCCCCUUUCAAUCGAUUCUCGACUAUGAACUUAGCCAGGGCAUCCCACCUGGAUGGGUGAACUAUUCCAUCUCCAAAUCUGCCCCCAAUGGAUUUUGGCACAAACUCGAAAGGGGUCUGAUCCCCAUGGACGCAGGCUUUUUCGCCGGCUUUAACAAGGACCUGCGGGACCCCGAACGCUGGACGGCCUUCUACCGAUCCCAGCAGGCCAAGGAUACCAGCCUACCGCGGGAGAUACCACCGGUUCCGGAAGUGGACGGCGAGUGGCUGUUCAACGACAUGAUGACCGUGUCGCAACAGACCGACCCGUGGAUGCUCCCCGCCCUUGAGAGGCUGAGGCAAAGCGGCAAGUAUAUCAUGGCGGCGCUGAGCAACACAGUCAUCUUCCCGGCCGGCCACGCCCUGGCCGACCCGGACGAGAACGGCGUGUCCCGCCACCCAGUCCGCAACAUGUUUGACGUCUUUGUCUCCUCCGCGCACGUUGGCCUGCGCAAGCCCGACCGUGCGGCGUUUCAGUACGCCCUUGACGAGGUGGAUCGGUUCGCCAGGGAGAAUGCGAGCAGGCGCGAUGCCGACGGUGCGCUAGGGUGGUCGCGAGGCGUGCAGCCUGCAGACGUACUCUUCAUCGACGAUAUCGGUGAGAACCUCAAGGCGGGCAAGGCCUUUGGCUAUCGCACCCUCAAGGUCAACCUCGGCCGCGCCUUUGAGGCCGUGGAUGAGCUGGAGAAGAUCACGGGGCUGGCUUUGGCGGGGAGCCACCCUAGGAUUCCGGUCAAGCCCAAGUAUACUAAAGUCAAAGCUAGAAUAUGACAUGAACAAACUGCUCAAGGAAAGGCCUAGGGUCUUGGGUUAUCACUUACAUACUUUUCCUCUGCAUAGUUUAUCAUGGACACUCUCCUGGGGCACUGGCAAUAUGUGGCACCAUUUAACUUUUCCUAUUGCUGCACAAGUCCACGCCAACAUGCCAGCUCAUACAUGGCUUUUAAUCGGGUGACUUUUAUGUGCCAAUAACUUCACUUCUCCCUUUAUAAACCACAGGCAGGCAGGCAGCCAUCUUGUUCUCACACAUUAUACGACAACUCAAAUCAUUCAUCAAACCAAGCUACCGCUUGCACUUGGUGCAAAAAAAGGUAUUUGGUGGUGACAGUUUCCUUUAACCAUUUGUAGUCUAUCCUAAGUAUCUAACAUUUAAGUCUGGCAGUUAGCAAUAAGUAGCCCCCUGUGUCAAAACAUCCGUCAUGCAAGACCAUUUGCCACAAAACCAAAAGACAAACUUUCCUGGUUCCUAGUUACGUAUAAAAAGGCCCUGACCACCCUCACCUUUUUUUCACCUCGAUUUCUG